AUGCAACCACUAAACCCCUUUCUGUCCGCCUUCUUCAAGAGCCAGGUCGUUGCGCAGUGCACCCCCGUCCACCACCAUAUCCUGCUGGUGCCCUUGACCGAUGUGCUUCUCACCCAUCGCGAGACGGAGAGCGGCGCCCCGGCCCACGAGGUCGUCGCCUCGGAGGAGUUUCUAGCCAGCCAUGUACUGCGCAUCGCCGGGCCUGAUGGGCCUGCGGGCGCCAAGGACAGCACCCAGAACUUGCGCGAGGCUAGAGGCAAGGCUCGCCAGUUCAAUACUCUCAACGGGAGGAGUGUGAUUGUCAAGGACUCUUUCAUCUACAGUAACAAAGGAUUCAAGUCUCUUGCGCAAGCCCAGAUCCUUAACGACACCACAUGGUACCCGGACGUCUUCGAGCCUCGACAAUGGCUGGUAUACUUCAUCUCCAAGCCUCUUGUUGGAACAUGGGAAGAGAUUAGGCUCGAGCCCGCGGUCCUCGUCUCCGGCACCAGGAGUCGCGCCGCUGCGGAGCAACAACAAAAGAAGCAGGCCAAUGGCGACUCGGCAGAUAACGCUCUGCCGCGCAAGAAGGAUAUUAGGAGCUUCCACGAUCUUCUCAACCACUUCCCCAUGAUUGCUCGCCAAAUGCAACCGGGGCUGGAGAAGCUCUUUAUAGAGUUUUCAACAGUUUUCCAGAAGCCACUGCCGCCGCCGCCGUCGGCUGCAUACAUUCCAGAUCCGAAGCCAGAUGGUCCCGUUGCGACCGCCGCCAGACGGGCAAGGGCAGAUAGCUUGACGGUUAAGAGCGGCAAAGCAAAUUAUAAUAAUAGCUUACCUGUUGUCGAGGACUUUUUUCUCGAGGAUGACGAGGAUAUUAUGCGCGCAUCCCUUGAGAGUGCUGUUACGGCUGCUAUUGAUAUCUUCCAAGGAGUGGAUAAGCAACAGCUGUCACUGCUAGGUGCCACAACAGACUUGACAGGCCCUCUUGUGGAGAAACUGAUCGAGCGGUACAUUGCUGAAAACGUUCAUGGCCUGUUAUUUGGCAAGCUCAGCGCCAUCAAGCGACGGGAUGAUUUGGAACUUGAGGCCAAGAUUCGCAAAAUGGAAUUCAUCGAUAUUUCCCAAUUAGGCAUUGCGAUUGACGGGGGCUUGAAAGCCAAACACGAUCUCGUUACACAACUCAACCCUGCCGUCGAAGAAUUCAGAAAGAUUUCCACCGCUAUGAGCCCGCAGGAAAUGCUGGAUUUGCUACUGUCGACCAUGAAGAUUGCCUCACAACUGACCGAUACCUCAAGAUCUUUGGGCGGUGCUGGGACAGAGCUACCGUCAUCCGAAAAGGCCAUCAUGACUGUGAAUGCUGAUACCUUGGUUUCCCUGCUGUUAUACGUCGUGAUUCGGUCCCAAGCCAAGAACCUACAGGCUCGACUGGCCUAUGUUAGAAAUUUCAUCUUCGUCGAGGAUGUGGACAGCGGGGAGAUGGGGUAUGCUUUGAGUACCUUUGAGGCCGUACUAGCAUACCUUUUUACUGACUCGGCUGGCUUGCGUCGUGCCAGCAAGAAGAACAAGGCUCUGUGGGAUGCCGCCAAGGGGGCAGACCUAAAAGAGCUGAGGAACAUCAUGGAACCGAACCCUUGCGCAGUUGGAGAUGACGAUGACAUCGAAGAUAGCGACGACAAUGUAAACGAUCAAGUUCCCGCCAAGCCUGUGUUCAAGCUAGCGCAUGGUUCCUCGAGGCGAUCAUCACUUGUGUUGAACUCUUCGGAUCGAUUUUCGCACGGCACCGGGCUAGGCCACGUAUUCCCCUUUCAGAUCACCGGUGGUGAUGGCGCAAACGAGUCGAUACUCGAUCUGCCACUCAAGAGAACCAAAAGGGUUGCCAUGGAUACCAGGAGCUUAUCAAGUGCAUCCGAGUUCUCCUACCACUCAAUGACGGCAAGCAUUGGCACUCUGGGAAGCGCGCUAGAAGGUGACAUCUCUGUGGAGAGGCUUGCUCAAACCAGUAGUGCCUUGGGUGAAUCCGUUUUGAUGAUGGCUGUGCAGAGUGGAAGCGUGGAAACGUUGGGUUAUCUUUUGUCCUUGUCCGGAUACUAUCCGUUUGACAGCGUACUGAGAGACGUUAACAACGAAAACACCACACUAUUGAGCGCUGCCACUCAGCUAGGUAAUCGCGAGCUGAUCAACUCUCUUCUCGAUUAUCUUCUCGACAAGGCCCGCCCGGGACAGUUAGAGCAGUACUUUUCAGUGCAAGACAUCUGGGGCCGAAGUGUCGGGCAUUACCUGUUUAAUGCGCCUUGGAUGAUUGGUGUGAUAGGGCCACUGAUCCCUUGGCGCCAGAGAGACAAGAAUGGGCAGACGCCGCUUUUCGCGUUGUGUCGCUGCUAUGAUCAUGUGGAGUACUAUACCAUGGUCGAGGACGGUAUUAGAGCCGCGCAGCAGACACAGCUUGACGGGCAGCCCCUGCACGUCGAUGAACAUAUAGACGGCAAGGGAAAUACCCUGUUGCACAUUAUGAAUGACCCGAGGUUGGCGCUGAGAAUCUUGCAAUACUGCGACGUGGAUGUCAACGCGACGAACGAGAAGAAGUUUACAGCACUGAUGGUUGCCAGCAAAUAUGGCCGAUACGAUAUGGUCAGGGCCCUUUUUGCCGACCCUCGAGUGGACAUUGGGGCUAAAGAACUACGAGGUCUCACUGCCGUGGAGCUGGCUAAGGAUGACGAUGUUAGAAAUAGAAUUGACGACCUUGGCCUUUUCAGCAUGCCACCAGCAAGGGACGGCCGGAUUACAGGAGUCGUCAGAGCUUUUUUCGUCGAGGACAGCACAGUUAGGUUGGUGCUAAAGUCGGCAGCUCCAACAGAUCACGAUAGCUAUACGGUCACUACCAGUCGCCGGUCGUUGACUGAUUUUGAGCAGCUGGCACGCCUCCUGUCCGAAGAGAAUCCGGCGUCUUGGAUUCCCUCCAUAUCGGAUACCAGGUGGCCGUUCCAGCUGCCCUCGAGGCCGUCUCGCGCGGCGCUGCGGGAUAUCCAGAUACGAACGGACUGGUUCCUGAAAAUCAUGCUGAGCCACCCCACCCUUUCUACUCACGAGAUGCUGUGGGAAUUUUUCCUCGUACCGGAACUGCAACUGGAGGCCAUGGAGCAGAGAACAAAGCUCAAGACAGAAACAAGGGUAGAGAAGAUCCGCGAAGAAUACGAACCUAUGGAGGACGUACGCGAAGUGGAACAAUUCGUCAACCAUGCGCGAGAGAUGGUCCGAAGCAUCAGCUACUCGACGAAGAGCGUGACGAGGCGUGCGAAUGCCGUUGGCCAAGUUGCUACAGAUUUUUACGAUGCAUCAGCGCUGCUCUACCGAGCAGUGUUUACCAUUCAAUACCUGCCUCCGCAGCACAUUGUAGGCCUGGAAGUGUUUGUUAGGGCCAUGGCGCCUGUUCAACAUAAUCCACAAGUCAUAUUCCACACGACGCUGCUGGCGAUUCAAUCUACGGUGCAGGCACUGCUCUCUGCGCUGUCCAGGCCGACAAACCUUAUUGGACAGAUUACGGCAGCCAAGCGAGAGGCGGAUAGAAACGAUAGUUCCGCGAUGCGACCUUCAAGGUGGCCCCUUGGCUUGCUCGACGACUCCAGACAGCGAAACCAGGAGGAGAAGGAGAAGAAGGCCCGCCAAUCAAGAGAGCAGGCGUCGUUUCUCUCGAGGGAACUUCGAUACACGCAACAGACGGUAGCCAGCGAAUUGGCUGGAUGGCAGGAACUCCACGACCAAAUGGGUCUCCGGGCUAUUCGCGAGUAUGCCCGGGGCAUGGUGGUGCAGGAACGGGUAAGGCUCGAAGGCAUGAUGCGAGCGUUGAGGAUAGUCCGACUGGGGAACUACCAACAGGGGGGGAUGAAUGCCAUGUCACAACGACGACCCCCAUCGCCCCCAACAGAUCAGAAACAAGAAACCGAGGACGGGGAUGACGUGCCGACAGCAAACGAAACAAGCGGAGUGGAGUGA